UACUCCUCCGCAAUUCCAUACACGUGAUUUCGUCGGCAUAGAUUCAUAUUUCAGCAUUCGUUCGUGUCGGCGAGGUUCGAAGGCAGUGAUUUCUGGGUCCUGAGAACCCAUCAGUAGUAAAUACGCGACAAGUUAAUAACUGCUUAUUGGUUUGAAAGUAUCUAUUUCGUUGUUAUUUUUUGCAAGUAAAUACAACGCAAUGGCGUCCAGUUCUAGGGCCUUGUCAGAAGAUGCGUUAAGAAAUAUUUUAGAGUCUGAAGACUUUUGGGAAAGUAUGAAAGACUCAAACCAAAUGGGCUCGAGCAAGAAAAGUGUAUCCGUUGGUGUUCCAAACAGAGAAGCUGUGUUAGAGGAACUAGAAAGAUUGGCUAAAGAGAGUGACGAGAAUGAAGAGGACAAUGAAAUGAACAGUUGGUAUGGAAAAGACAAUACCAAAUGGUAAAAAACAGCAGGUAUUAGAGGUAGGACCCCUGCUCAUAAUUUGGUUACUACCUUGCCUGGCCUUAUUGGCGCUACUCCUAAUAAUCCUCCACGUGAGCUACGUGAUGAUACAAAAGUUAGUUGAUUUUACUACUUCAAAGAUAACCUCCACCAGAGCAAACUAUAAAAAGUCUAAAAGGUUUGCUCAGUCACAAACUAAAUUUUGGCCUUCGUUUACUAAAAAUACCAACAUAUGUGAAAUUAAGGCGUUUUUUGGGUUGUUGUAUAUUCAGUCCAUCUUUAAAUCUUAUCAUGAAGACGUCCGUUCUAUGUGGGCAACAGAUGGGACAGGAAGACCUAUUUUUCGUGCUACUAUGAGUCUGGCCAGAUUUUCGUUUUUAUUGAGCUGUCUCAGAUUUGACAAUGUAGAAACCCGAAAAGAAAGAGUAAAAACUGAUAAGUUGGCCGCUAUGUCGGAAUUAUUUGAUGAGUUUGUAGCUAGAUCAAAGUCAUGUUAUUCACUGGGAAUUUACCUAACUGUGGACGAAAUGCUUGUACCGUUUCGAGGAAGGUGUGGCUUUCGAAUGUAUAUUCCGAACAAACCUGCCAAAUAUGGAAUUAAAAUGCAGGUUUUGGCUGACGCUAAAACGCAUUAUCUCGUAAAUGCAGAGAUUUAUGUCGGUUCCGAAAUAAAAGUUAAUGGUGCAAAAAAGCCUACAUUAUCAAAUCCAACAAGAGUGGUUCUUAGGCUUGUGGAGUGCGUUAAAGGCACCAACAGGAACAUCACCGGGGACAACUGGUACAGUUCAGUGGAACUCGUCGACGAACUCAAGAAAAACAGUUUGACGUACGUGGGAACCUUACGAAAAAAUAAAAAAUCUGUACCACCUGAAUUUUUACCGAACCAAAAAAGUGCAAUUCACCUAUUAACGUUUGGAUUUAUUUCUUCAACCACUAUAGUGAGCUAUGUACCAAAAAAAGUAAAAGCGUUAUAUUACUUUCUAGCAUGCAUCAUGACAAUUCUGUCAACGAAACAACCAAAAAGCCUGAGAUAAUUCAUUUUUAUAAUGAAACAAAAUCUGGAGUUGACGCAUUAGAUGCGAAAUGUGCGUUGUAUUCAGUAUCCAGAAGAACUAACCGUUGGCCAAUGGCAAUUUUUUUUGCUAUAUUGAACAUUGCAGGUGUAAGUUCUCGAGUAUUGUCCCAAUUUGCAUCAAAAGGUAAAGAAAUAAAACGAUACUCAUUUAUCAAAACUCUUGGGAAGCAAUUAAUAGAUGAACAUUUACGACUCAGAAUGACCAACAAAAAGGUGCACUCAAAUGUACGAAUCCUCAUUGCUGAACUCUUAGGGGUUGCGAAUCCAGUUUCUGAGCAGCCUCAAGUACCUCCUGAAAAAAGUAAAAGAAAAAGGUGUGCUUUAUGCCCCACCAAGAAGGAUAGGAAAACUGCUAUCCAGUGUGACAUAUGUAAGUUGCCCAUUUGCAAUCAAUGCUGCAAGAAAUUGUGCCCCAAGUGUUCUGAAAAAUAAUUUUAGGUUUUUUUCUGUUUAUGUACUGUAAUAUACCGAAGUAAUUUCAAAUUUUUGAAUAAAAGUUUUUUUUUAUUGA